ACUUCUGAUUGGCUGUCGGGAGACGCGCUGCGCUCUGAUUGGCUGCAGCCGCUCCUCUUUGUUGUGAGUGCUCUAUAUCAGCAUCCUCCCUGCACACAAGAGCAGAAAACUCCCACCGCAUCUCAUCCUGCAACACUGCCAAGCAAUGUAGAGAUACUUCUGCUCUGAACACCUGCUUUAAACAAAAAGACUUUCUAAACUGAGAAAAACAGCAUCAAAAAACUUUGCAAAGAUGAUUUCUGCGUGUCUGGAGACUAUUGGACUUGGCUUGAGUGUCACCGGGACCCUUUUGGUGAUGGUGGCUUGCGGGCUGCCCAUGUGGAAAGUGUCCGCCUUCAUCGAGGGCAACAUUGUGGUGGCUCAAAACAUCUGGGACGGGCUGUGGAUGUCCUGCGUGGUCCAAAGCACGGGUCAGAUGCAGUGUAAAAUGCACGACUCCGUCCUGGCGCUGACCACUGACCUCCAGACUGCUCGGGCGCUGACGGUCAUCUCAGCGGUUUUGGGUGUCCAGGCUCUGAUGAUAACCAUCGCCGGUGCUCAGUGCACCAACUGCAUCAGUAAAGACUCCAUCAAAGCCAAAGUAGUCAACGUCGGAGGGGUGAUAUACAUCAUCGCAGGCUUGUUUGUGCUGGUGCCUCUGUGCUGGAUGGCCAAUAACAUCAUCUCAGACUUCUACGACCCUCAAGUGCCUUAUGCAAAGAAGAGAGAAAUUGGAGCUGCGCUCUACAUCGGAUGGGCAGCAGCUGCCAUGCUUCUGGUCGGAGGAGUGAUCCUGUGUUUCUCUCGUCCACAUGAUGAGAAAUCCUCGUAUCCUCUAAAAUACGUACCUCCACCUACAAAAACCACAUCAAUCAACGGGGACUAUGAUAAACGAAACUAUGUGUGAACCUCAACGUUCAACCAUGGACUAGUGGCUCUGCGCAUAUGGACUUUCAAGCCUGUUUAAUAUUUGGGUAGUUCAUCAAUAAUUGUAUUUUUUAAUUCAAAAACAAGAUUUAAGGUUCAAAUAUAUAUGAAAAUGUAUUUUUAGGUGCUCCGUUUCUUACAAAUGAGUGUGAGAAAUGAUUUUUUAAAAGUACAAAUAUUGCAUAUUAAUACUGCAUGUCAAAAAAUGUUUAAAAUCGUUUUAGAUGAAACACUGCAGUCAACUUCCCUUUUACAUGCAACAGGUCUUGUACCAAACAUUCAGAUAAUCAAUUGUCAGAAUGUAUAAACUAUGUUUGAUUAUGUUUUUCUGUCUUUAGCUCCUUUAACAGUUUGUCAUAGUAAUAAUGAAUUAGAUGUACACGGGUAUUUCUGUCUUAGUUAAUGAUAUUAGGGUCAGAGGCCCACUUGUUUGCGUUUGAUUUUAAUCACUGUGGGUUAAUGGGGGUGAAGGGAGGGUCUAUAUUUCUUGUGUUUGUUCCGCUUUAUGAGAGUGCACUAAUUAGACACGGUCUGUGCUUCAACAAGACACUGAAUAAUGCCUAUUGUUCUGCCUAUAGACUCCAGGCUGCAGCUUUACAUGAGACUGUUUUGAUCAUCUAAACCUCCUGAUUGUACAUAGUUGUAUGAAACCAUUUUUUUAGUAAAUAUGUGCAUAUUCAAAGUAAUAAAUAAAAAGCUUUUUGGUAAUAAUGUGUGUAGUUGCUUAAUUUUGUUUGUACAUAUGCAUGUUUCAUAUGCAACUGUGUCUGAAGUGUACACUUUAAUAAUAAAAGAACUGUAGAAAAAGCUGAUUUCUGAUAUCUUUCUAAAAUAAACCAACAUUUUCAGCUUGUUUUUAUUCAGUUAAAAUGAAUAAAUAUACUAAAUUGCUCCCUAAAUUACUAAUAUAUUUGACAAUAUACUUUAAAAACAAACAAAUGCUUUGAAAAGCGUGCCUUUGCCAUCUUUUUCAAAAUAAUCUAACGCUACGAUAUUCAUACAUAUGAAUGUGUGUAUAUAAUUUUUGGGGGGCCACUGUAACCAGUAGAGGUUAAAGUAAUGUUUCACCCCAAAAUAACCAUUUUCUGAAAAUGUACUUAUCAUCAGGUCAUCCAAGAUGUAGAUGCGUUUGAUCCUUUACCAGAACAGAUUUGGAGAAAUUAGCUUUACAUCACUUGCUCAGCAAUGGGUGCUCUGCAGUGAAUGGGUGCCGUCAGAAUGAGAGUCCAAACAGCUGAUAAAAACAUUAAAAUAAUCCACAGCAAUUAACAUCUUGCAUAGUGAAAAUCUGCAUGUUUUGAGGGGAACCAUUCCUUUAACCUGCACUGUUUUUUUUUGCGUAUGAUCUUAGGCAUUGUUAAAGCAAGGACAACAAAAGUCAGAGCCGUGACCUUUAUCCUCAUAAAAGAUCAUCAGCAUCAUUUCAGGUCUCAGGAAUUCUGGAACUUUGACCCAGUUCUGAGUCCUGUGGGAAAAGCUCAUGCGCUCUGAAAUGACAG